AAAACUGUUUUUGAGGUCGAUCAUGACGCCUUUUGUACAGUCACGUGACUAGUUUCAUUUUCCGCCCGCCAACUGCCGAGGGAGGGAUUUGUCGAAACUUGCCUGAACACUUUCCUAAAACUCGUCUUUCUUCUGACUCUUGUCGUCCGUGUCUGUUCCAGCAGUCAUCAUGUCGUCUACAUCCCAGAAGCACAGGGACUUUGUUGGGGAGCCGAUGGGAGACAAGCCAGUCACAGCCCUGGCCGGCAUCGGAGGCACACUGGGGGGAAGGCUGGAGGAGGAGGGUUUCGACAAGGCAUAUGUAGUACUGGGCCAGUUCCUGGUUCUGAAGAAGAAUGAGGAGUUUUUCAAGGACUGGCUGAAGUCGACGUGCAAUGCCAACAGUAAACAGAGCGGAGACUGCUACACCUGCCUCAAGGAGUGGUGCGACAACUUCUUGUGAUGGGAAACAUCUCGCAUAGUGCUGUGUACCGGUUCACUGGACAUGUAAAAAUGUUUAGGUUCAAGUAAAAAAAAAUAAAAUAAAAGGCAAGGACCGAUUCCGGACUUAUUACAAGAAAAACCCAUAUCACAUACCCCUUUUCUUUCCAAACCACCUAAAACCUUCCAUAGAUUGCAAAAUCUGUGCUGCAGAAAACAUUGCCAUCGGGCAUUGUCAAGUGUCAGCCUCCAUGUUACAGGGCCUAAGGUUUACCCAGACAACAUCGCAAGGUUGCCAACAUGCAAUUUUUUGUAUGCCAGACUUACAAGUCCGGAACUGAACCUAAACCUCUGGACUUGAAUCCGGACUUGAACCUAAAUGUGGGUUUAGGUACACAGCACUGCUCAGCAGUGUGUUAGUAAUACUGAUAGCACGAUAUACAUACUCAAUAGGGUGCCUUUCAUGUUGACGUUAUGGAACAUGUAUCUUAUCAUUCAUAACUAGAGGUUUCAGGCUGUGACCGAAAUACUGCGAUUUAUUCAUGGCAUUUGCCAAUAUUGUAAGUGUUCAUUUUAAGCACUUCUUUAGUUAGCGAACAUGUAAGUGAAAAUUCAGUCCCAGGGACAAGUCAGCUAUAUUGAGUUCUUGCCUCUGUUAAAACCAACUUGUCUCCUCAAAAUUGUACAUUAAAAUAGGUGGCUAUGUACUAUGAACUUCAGUACUGUUCGUUCCGUGCAUUUCUGAUAGAUUUACGCCUUUUAAAAGAAAUUGUUGACAUUUCUCACUGACAUUGAACUUCCUCAGACAUUUCACUGUCAAGGUCAGACCCUUAGAAUGUCUAUGUUACUGUUUUAAAGAUGUGGUAUGAUGAGCAGCAAAGAUGUAUUGAAUAUUGUAGGUGAAAAAGCUUGAUCUAUACUAUCUAUUUUGCACAUGAUGUAUCAAUGCAUUAAAGGUUCAAUUUCUUCCCAGU